AUGUACUCUACAUUUGGUUGUCCAGAGCUGAUGGCAAACAGCACAUCGUCGCCACUUCCUCCAAUACAAAAGGCCAACAAGGGUCCACUUCUAAUAACGGUGAUCAAUUCAAAAAUGUGCGACUAUUCAAACGGAACAGCUAUCCUUAUGGUAAGAUUUGUUCUUCAUAACGCCAUGUGCUCUUCUGCGUACGUGACGCUCGCUGGUGCUUAG